GUUGGAAAAUACCACAAGUCGAAACACAUUUCGGCUUCAAUCAAAUCUAUUUUACUAAAUUUAUAUUUAUUAGUUUAAAAUAUAUUUUAAAACGUGAAUUAUAAAAGGAGCUAGACUACAAGUAACAACAACACAACUUGUCAUAUGAUGACAUCUCCAUCGCGGGAUAUAAACGAUCUGUUUGACGAUAUCGUGCUCACCGAGGAGAAACAGGCUCGCCUGGGCUACGAGGAAGGAUUAACCGACGGUCAGAAGCAGGGCAACGAGGAGGGCUAUAGAUUGGGCUACGCCCAGGGUGUCCAAUUGGGCGAGGAACUGGGCAGGAUCCUCGGACAGGUAGUUGCCCAGCAGCAGCUAAAGCACACUGACAAGGUACGUCGCAGCUUGGAGCAGUUGCGCACGGUCAUCGAGCAGUUUCCUCGGAACAACGAUCCGGAGGCGGACAUUGUGGGAGCCGUGGAAAAUAUCCGAAACUCCCAGCGCCGUCUUCGUGCCUUGUUGGGAUCAAAGAGGAGUACAGGAACAAAUUCUCCUGAACCCACCGCUUCGGAGCGCAAGGAUUACAGUUUCUAGGACGAUGUC